AUGGGUCAUAAGUUCCUUAGUGCUGGUGUGGAGCGUCUGAUGAUCGAGUCGGAGGGCAUCACCGAGAACGUGGAGACAUGGCGGACUGAUGUGGUUUCUCAGAUCAUGAAGCAGCUUCCCCCUGAGAAGGUGAUGUUUGAAGCUGCCGAUCCUAAGGUUUUCAAUUGGUACAUCCGGGAAUUUGGCAUCGAUGCCAACCUGUUUGUCGAUCACAGCCAGAUUGUGCAGUUGGAAUGCCUUCGAGCUGGGAUUUGGGGUACUGCGGACACUUGGGGCAAAGUGGUAUCUUUUCGCCCAGAAUGA